CUUCAUUUGCUUGACUCUACUUGACUUUGUUCCGCUCUCCAUUUACCAUUUACCGUUGCCCUUUGAGACGGGCAAGACGGGAUACCCAUUGGCCCCAUAGACCCCCAGCGCUUUAUUCCAGUUGGCUCGAUUGACGGCCUAAAAGAAAUGUCUUUGAGUCUAUCAUUGUUAUUCUUAUUACUAUCACUUCAACGUGACAAUCAUCAUCACGAUCCUCUCUCGGGACAAGUCACUAUCUACCUUAAUCACUUAAAUGUGUCUCAAAUCUCGCUCUGGCCGGCGCGUGCUUCCCCACAUCAUCUCUGUACCUGCAUAGAGCUGGCAUCCCGUGGGGUCUCAGCUGGGGAAUUGGGGAGAAAUGCUGACCAGCCAGAUCGGAUGAGGCGAUGUCCACGUUGCAGCGAUUUUUUUUUUAAUUGUUUCUUCCCUACUUAUCCUUCCCCACCCUAUCCUUCGUGUUACCAUUCACUGUUCACCACGUCUUCUACAUUAGUGCUGAGUUGGUCGGUGAGAGAGCCCUACCUACUUACUUACAUUUAUCUUUUUAUGAGUCAGCGUUUGUGCAGCGCGGGGCUACUCUUCCUCGAAAACUCAUGCACUCGCAAAAACAUCAUCAUUCAAGGGUAUCAGAACUGAAAAUACCCAAGAAAACGGUUUACGGGUAAAGACUAUAGGAUAGAUUAGGACUUUCGUAUUUCACGAUAUUUUAGCUCGUUUCAUCCCGACCGAACGCAGUGACCGGUUCUUUCAUCGCACGUGUGGCUGGGAUGUGCACCGGGAUCAAGGCUGUAUACUAGACAAGCUAUAGAUCGUGUGGUGUCUCACCUCUUUUACCUGAGACUGUGGUGGUUUCCGACCAGGGCG